AUGCGUGGCAAUACGACACAAAAAGCGUACGACGAGGCUUUCCUCGCCUGCUCAACAGCCGUGUACUUUGAAGGCCAGAAUAACGAACAAGAAGCUUUACGCUCAUGGAAGUCUGCCCUUGACCAAAUCAACUACCAUAACGCCCGCCGCAAUCCCGCUACCUAUCGCCCUGCGUCGUCGACAGAGAAAGCGCUCAUAGAGUCGCUACGUCAGCUGGAAGCACAGUGCAGGGAGCGCGUAGAUCUGCUGGAAACUCUGAAGAAAAGCCGUGCAGAGUCGAAAGAAAGCCUCGUGUCGCCCUACCCAGACCUGAACGCGCCCACUCCGCCGCCCCACGGCGUCGCAUCAAGCUCCAGCGAAAACGAUGCAUCUUCAGGUUGGAUGGGUGGAGGAACGAUACCCCCGGUAGACUAUGGCGACCUCUCCAGACCCCCGCCUCUUCCACGCCGUCCUGUCAUGACAUCACGCAAGAGCUCGGUCAUUGAGUCAAAGCGUGUAAGUAGUUUGACGCAAACUAUGAGCGCGACCAUGCUAUCCCCAGGACCAGCAGAUGGGGAGAAAACAUCGCGCACACCGUCGCCUGAAAAAAAGAGUAGGAUGUUGCGGACUCUGAGGCCUGGAAGAGAAGGCAAGCCAGCCGCUUCGAGGAUGCCGAGCUCUCUUAGGUCGCGCCCUGAGGCUUCGAAGGCAGCUACUCAAGCAUGGGGCGUCAGCACUCCACCAAGUUUCAGCAGACCCAGUCUGGGUGUUCCCAAACCAUCUGUGACGUCGUUGAACAAUCAAUCUCGUUCAUCUUUGGAGAUGCCUCAUUCCGCACUGGAGAGUGAGAGGCCUUCCACAGAAUCUUCAAUAUCUUCGAUCCCAGACUCGCACCAAAAGCAAGCACCUUUAUAUGUCCGAGCUGGAGAGGGUAUAGCGUCUACAUCACACACAGCUCCACACCCAAGCAGUAGGAGCGACCUUGACAAUGCUAAACCCCCAGUCACCGAAAGAACAGCGCCACCACACGUCCCUCGCAAAUCUGUAGAACCGAGUCGGCUACAGGCCGCUCAAAUGCCAUCGUAUCGGAAGGAGUAUCCCGCAAAUGCGCCGGAUCCACGCCUUCUUGCGCAGUCUGCAGCUGCUCGAUCAUACAGCGAUUAUGGAGCCGACAAGCAUGGGUCAUCACGAGAAGCAAACACGCCACGAAAACUGGUUCCUUUGCAGCAGCCCGCGACCAACAACCCACGAGCGCGAAAUGCGAGAAGGCAGGAGCGAUCUGAGCCAGUCGCUUUGGAAGAAGAUGAGGAUACGACAGAGUCACACUCGCCUCCACAUCGAAAGGGUAGGGCUAGAGGAGAUUCGAUACGCGCAAAUCUACCGCCUGCACCUACACCAGAGUCAACCGAUUCUGACCAGGAGGCUGAAGAAUCUGACGAUUGGAAGCGGCGUACAAAUGACAUCUUGAAGAACCUCCCUCGUGGUGUCGACAAACAAGCCGCCCAACAGAUCCUGAACGAAAUAGUGAUUCAGGGAGACGAAGUACAUUGGGAUGAUGUGGCUGGACUAGAGAUUGCCAAAUCUGCACUCAAAGAGACAGUGGUAUACCCAUUUUUGAGGCCAGACUUAUUCAUGGGUCUCCGAGAACCAGCAAGGGGCAUGCUCUUGUUCGGACCUCCCGGCACAGGAAAGACGAUGCUAGCCAGAGCCGUGGCGACAGAGUCCAAAUCUACUUUCUUUGCGAUCUCUGCAAGCAGUCUUACCUCAAAGUUUCUCGGCGAAUCUGAGAAACUUGUUCGCGCACUUUUUCAGCUCGCGAAGUUGCUGGCUCCUUCGAUCAUCUUCGUCGACGAAAUCGACUCUCUCCUUUCCUCGCGCUCAGGCUCCUCCGAACAUGAAGCCACACGCCGCAUCAAGACCGAGUUUCUCAUCCAGUGGUCAGACUUGCAAAAGGCUGCAGCUGGAAGGGAGAUGAGCGAAAAGGAUAAAGAGAAGGGUGAUGCAACCAGGGUACUUGUGCUAGCAGCGACGAAUCUACCCUGGGCCAUUGACGAAGCAGCGAGGCGGAGAUUUGUGAGAAGACAGUACAUUCCAUUGCCGGAGGAUUGGGUUAGGAAGCAGCAGGUUAAGCGGUUGAUGAGUCACCAGAAACACGAGCUGACUGAUGAGGAUAUGGAUCAGUUGGUUAUGCUCACUGAAGGUUUCUCUGGCUCUGAUAUCACGGCACUCGCUAAAGACGCUGCAAUGGGACCCCUACGUUCACUGGGCGAGAAACUGCUACACAUGACGAUGGACGAGAUUCGACCCAUGCGAUUUGAGGAUUUCCAGGCUAGUUUGCAGACUAUCAGACCGUCCGUGAGCAAGCAAGGACUACAGCAGUUUGAAGACUGGUCGAGGGAGUUCGGAGAACGUGGAGGCUGA